UUUGAUUUUUAGACAGAAAAAAGGAUGUCAAUUUUCUUACUGUCAUUCUGUCAUCUGUCAAAUAAAUAUUCAAUUUGUAAAUUUAUCUGCACACAAAAUAAUUUUGUUUGUUUUGUUUAACGUAUUUUUAAAUAAAAUUCAUAAAGUUGUGUCUUAGUAUGACCUCGGCAAACAUGAAUUCGUUUUUGAUAGCAUUAGAAGCAGUAAAACAAGAUUAUACGUGUCGUGUUUGUAAUGAAUUGUGCAAAAAACCGGUUACAUUGAAGUGUUGUUUCCAUUUAAUUUGCGAAGAACAUAUUAAAGAUUUAUUCAAAUGUCCAACAUGUGAUUUACCUUUAUUAGAUAAGCCUGUUUAUAAAGAUGAUACUUUAGAGGCAAGUGUAAACUCAACUUUAGAAUUAGACAAAAUAUUUUCACAAUUUAAAACAGAUACAAACCCUAUUGAUGAAUCGAAAGGAGAUAAUAAAAAUGUUACUAUAAGAGGAACUCGGAACACUAAAAAACCCGCCUCAAAAAUCAAUAAAGUCAACCGUGAAUUAAGAAAAAAAUCAACUGAUGAUGAAACAUCAAAAAUUUCCCCACAAACAAUAAUUACUGGUCAAAAACUAAUAAAAAACAUAGAAAAGCGAAAUAAAAAAGGUGAAACAGCAUUACACGUAUUCUGUCGUCACGGUAAAAUAGAUAAAGUGCAAGAAUUGCUCAAUGAAGGUGCAAAUACAAAUACAAAAGAUCAUGCAGGUUGGACACCGUUACACGAAGCUGUUCAAAGUGGGAGAUUGGAUAUGGUAAAAUUGCUAUUAACCUAUAAAACCCUGAUCAACGUACCAGGUCCUGAUAAUGAGACACCAUUACACGAAGCAGUCAGAUAUAACCAUAAAGAUAUAGUUAACGAAUUAGUUAUUAACGGAGCAGAUUUGAAUGCUAAAAAUAGUAAAGGUGAAACUCCUAUACAGUUAGCUACAAACGAAAUGAAGGAAACAUUAGAGAUAGCUAUGGAAAAUAUCAUUCAUACUCAAACUGUUAACAUAACAAACAUAUCUUCAGUACAAAUGGAACUAGAUUACGAUGAUAUAAGAGUCUACUGUGUAACACAAUACCGUACAACACAAAAUAAAUUAAAAACAUUAGUGAAACAUCAUAGUAAUAUUACUAUAGAGUCGAAAUUCACUAAAAGGGUUACACAUUUAGUUGUAGACACAGAUGACGGGAUAUGUCUGUCCUCUGUUGAUGUACUGCAAGGUAUAAUCUAUGGUGUUUGGAUUCUAUCAACGGAAUGGAUAACAAAAAGUACGGAAAACCAUUUAGAAGAUUUCAACGAGUUUGAAAUCAAAGGUAUCGGUACAACAAAGUAUAACGGUGCAAAAAAUUCAAGAUAUAAUAAAUAUAAACAACUACCGGGAUUGUUUAAUGGUUGCCAUUUUUAUUUACACAAUUUUAAUACGAAUUUUGAAAUAACAAAAACUUUAAUAUUAAAUAAGACGAUAUUAUCUAAAUUAAUCAACGAUGCUGGUGGUAUAGUUCUACGGAGGAUACCAAAUCCGGAAUCUAUUCCGGAGAAUGAGAAAUUAGUGCCUUAUCAUGCGAAAAAAGGCGGGAAAUUGGAAAUAUGUUCACAUUAUAUUAUAUUUAAAGAUAUUUACGAACCUAAAUAUAAUAUGAAGCAUUUGAAAGCUUUACCAAUUGCUUGGUUAUUAGAAUGCAUUGAAAAAUAUGAAUUGUGUGAACCGGAGUGAUUUUUAUU